AUGGGUUCUGCGGCCACAGGGCGGUCGUGGGCGUGGGAGGAAAAGUCAGCCAGGUGCAGGGGCAUCCUCGCGCGGUCCCUGAACCAGGACCGGCUGCCGCCGCCGACCCAGCGCAACGUCCUCGGCUUCAUCGAGUCCUGCGGCGCGCUGUCGGCGCGCGAGCUCGAGAUCACGGCGAGGGACGGUCGCGGCCUGGUGGCCGAGAUGGCCGCCGGGCGCCUGAGCGCGGUCGAGACGACGACGGCCUUCCUCAAGCGCGCCCACGUCGCGCACCAGCUCGUCAACUUGGCCACCGAGUUCCUGGUCGAGGACGCGCUGCGGGCGGCCCGGGAGCUCGACGCGCACUUUGCGGCCACGGGCAGGCUCAAGGGCCCGCUGCACGGCCUGCCCGUCUCGGUCAAGGAGCACAUCGCGCUCAAGGGGCGCAUCGUCCACUCGAGCUACGUGGCGUUGGCCGACAACGUCAUGGAGGAGGACGCGCUGAUCAUCACGCUCGCCAGGAAUGCCGGCGCAGUUAUCCACGUCCGGACCAACAUUCCGCAGACGGUCAUGAUGAUCGACUGCGCCAACCCGAUAUACGGAGAGACGGUCAACCCGCACAACCGCGACCUGACGCCCGGCGGCUCGAGCGGGGCCGAGGGCGCGUCCCUGGGGCUGCGGUGCGCCGCCCUGGGCUUGGGCACCGACACCGGCGGCUCGGUGCGCGUACCGGCCGCGUUUUGCGGCGCGUACGGCAUCAAGACCACGUCGCUCCGCAACCCCUACGGCGGCAUCACGCUCCCGGGGCUGGCCAGGAGAGCAUCCGCUGCGUCCGGUUGCUGCACAACAUCGCCCACCCCCCACCCGCCGGUGACGCGCGCGCUGAAGAAGGCGGUGGCGGCCGCCAAAGCCGCCGGCUUCGACAUGGUCGACUGGGAGCCGCACGAGCACGAGCGUUGCCUCGACAUCCUCAAGGAUCUGUACUUCCCCGACGCCGCGGCCACGCAGCGGGACCUGCUGGCCGAGGGCGGCGAGCCCAUCCCAGCGAUAACCAGGUGGACGCUCGAGACGGCGCCGGCCAAGCCCCUGUCGCUGGCCGAAACCUGGGCGCUCAACCUCCGGCGCGACGGGUACAGGGACGCCCACUACAGGCUCAUGCGCGAGCGCGGCGUCGACGCGAUCUUGUGCCCGGCAUACGUCGGCGCCGCGGCCGUGUGCGGCACGGGCCAGCACAUCAUGUACACGGCGAUGUGGAAUAUCCUCGACUACCCGUCCGUCACGUUCCAGACGGGCGUCAGCGUCGACCCGGCCGUGGACGUGGUGGAUGCCGCGUACAAGCCGCGGUCGGCACACGACGAAGCCGAGCAGCGCAAGUACGUGCCCGAAACCUUUGCUAAAGCGCCCAUCGCGCUGCAGUUAGAUAGGAAGCGAUACCAAGAUGAGACGAACACGCGGAAGACGCCUCAGCCUCCAGGCAGGCUUCAGGCCCUCGCCGAAAGCAUUGGCCCAGCCCGUCCUGCUGCCGCCCCCUCGGAGGACCGUAACUGCCCGAGAUCGCCCGGCGGUCGCACAGAGCAGGCGAGUAUUCAUAACGCCCACACAAAUACAUGCCCACCCGAGAGGUUGGGCUGGCAACGGGGAGCCGGAGUCGCAGCAACAUGACUGUGGCACGUACCACCGCAUAGCAGCCACGGCGACUGACAAGGUGGGCAUGAGCUGCAGCCACUCGCGCGCGUCUUCCUGCCUAAUCUCAACCUUCCUUGAUUUUUCUUGUCUGCUCUUUCGCCCCGUUCCAAUCAGUUUGCCGCCACCCACCACACACACAAUCCAC